UCGUCACGAUAACAUCGAGAAAGACAAAGACAGACGACAGUUACUUGCUUGACAGACAGCAGACAGAAGCUCUGUCAGAGAUCAAUUUAUAUUUCAGAAAAUUGCCGCAGUCAGAGUCUCAGCUGGUAAUACUCAGUCUCCCUUUGUCAUUUGGCUCCUGUGGAGAGGAUUCGGAUCAAACAUGAUUACAAAAGCAAGAAAUCUCCUGCUUGGUGUCUUAUUGGUAUACUUUGUGUCAUGUGCUGAAUCAGCUGGAAGCCGUAAUAGCAAGGAUUGGGAUUAUAUUGUAUAUACUCAACACUGGCCAGCUACUGUGUGUCUCCAAUGGAAAGCCGAAGGGAAGGGUCAUUCUUGUGCUCUUCCAAAAGAGUCCACUUGGACUGUUCAUGGUCUCUGGCCUUCUAAAACCAAUGGCAAGGGACCCUUUUUCUGUAAUUCCUCAUUGCCAUUUGAUGAAGAAGCUCUCUCUCCCAUAGUCAAUGAAUUAGAAGAUCUGUGGAUCAAUAUUGAUGUGCCAACAUCCCCUUACUCUUUCUGGAGACACGAGUGGGAGAAACAUGGAACCUGUGCAGCAGCACUGCCUGCAUUUGAUAAAGAAGUAAAAUACUUUCAGCAAGGGCUCACAUGGUUAAAGAAGUACAACAUGUAUACUGCUUUGGACAUGGAGGGUUACCCAGAGGGCAAACCACUUUCGGCAAAACAAAUCAGAGAGGCGAUUAAGAAGCAUUUUGGAAAAGUGCCCUCAGUUCAUUGUUAUAAAGAUGGGUCUACAGGCAAGUCAUACAUCUUUGAAAUAAGGAUUUGCUUUGACAGGAAUCUGAGUCAAAUCGACUGCCCCAAGCCAAUGUCUUCAAACUGUCCCAAUGAACCCGUUGAGUACCCCAGCAUGCAAGCUGUCGGCAAACUGUUUGAAGUUAAAGGAAAAUGGUUACUUGACCUACUUCGUAUUGUUCGUUGGAUCCAAUGGAUCACUUAUUAGAAGAAUUACAUCAAUUUGGGUUUUUUUCAAUCAGAGGAUUUCUUUCUUAGAUAUGCAGUGAAUUUUAAGUAAAUGCACCAAUAUGAUGCAAAUUUCUCAGUAUAAUACUUGUGUAACACAUUGAGUCCCAGGGGGGGUAGCAAACAUGUGUUAUUGUGACAAUGCGUGUGGUCAUGUGGGACUCAACGUGUUUAUAAUGCAGAUAGAUGCUACAAAUUCUACUGGGUUAGCCAAUUUUAAAUUUAAGUGAAGCUUAAAGUUAGUUAAUGAAGAAAAUAGUUUAGACAGACAACAAGCAAGAUUUUGGCAGUAUGCCUUGUUUUAGAAAAACCCUACAAUAUUAGGUACAGUAAUCAUACUAGUAGAAAUACUUCUAAAGAACUUUCCUCUUGUCAUUUAAUGGAAAACUCAUAUUUUACUUCUGCUGUGAUAACCAUUCUGUUAAUUUGUAUUUCUUUUCUUUCUUUUUCUACUUGGGAUGUGAGAAGAGUUAAAAGAGUAAAAUGUGAAAUGGUUUGCUAUUCAUGUAUGAGACUUGACUGUGAAUUAAUUUUCCUGCUACAUGCUAUUCAAAGAAUACAUUACGUACUUCUGAGCAUAUGACACUUUCCUUGUUUCAUGGAAUGUUUUGUCAUUAAAUCCUCUAGAUGUUUUUCAAGCAAUUGCCCAAUAUCUAGUCAUCAGCUUAAUGAAAUGCUUAGCCUUCUGUGCCUUACUUCUUUACAUUUAAAUCAUGUUUUAAGUUUUUGAAUCCUUUAUUUCUUUUUGUGCAAUUAUCUUUGUGCUCUUACUGUUUUUAGAGGCAUAAUUUAUUUCUCAAACAGUGCUAUUAGAUUCUGAAUGCAAACAAUGAAGAGGGGAAAAUCUGUGUAUCUGAUAUUGUCUUGCAAGUGCCAUGUCUCUAAUAUUAUUUCCGUAAACUUUUUUAAGUGCUCUUAUUGAUGCACAUUCUACUGCUGUGAUGUUGUGCUAGAGGAGUUUUUAAGUAAUAUUGUUAUUUAGAUGGGAAAAUUUUGAACAUCUCAAUUGUAUAGAUGGACCCAAAAUUGUGAUUUAGCAUGAGGUGAUGAAUGAGAGUCAUUUGCUAAGUGCUGAAAAAGAUACUUUUUCCUUUUAGAUUGUUUUCUUGACUAUUUGUGAAUUACAAUAAGGCUGACAUUAGCUCACUAUACUUAUACUUGUUUUAGAUUUGUUCUUCACUCUUGGUACCUUUGGCUUUUUAUCUUUUUUUUUUUUUAUAGAAUCAUUGUCUUUUGUAGGCACUAUGCUUUCAAUUGUGAAUGAGUCAUCUUUUAACCUUGCCCCAGAUUCUACUAUAUGUAAGCACUUACUAUUAUGCAAUUUCAAGGAAUUUUUGGCCUUAAUAAGGUUUUAGUAUUAAUUCUUCAGCCAAAAUAUUUGUAAGGAAGGUAGAACAAUGCUUCACCGCCUCUGUUCUAAGGUGACUGUAUUGUGCUAAUUACAUAGGUGUUCAAAAUUUAGGGCAGACUGAAAACUGUGAAAUCUGGAAUGGUAUCAAUGAGUGGAAGAUAAAUAAAGAUAGUUAAAUAAC